CGGAAGUCGUUUCAAGGUUUCGGGACCAGAUCAGCCUCCAUCACGUUUGCUACGGAACCAUCUUCGUCGGGGAGGAUGGGCAACAGUCGGGAAGGGGUUUGGCAUAGAAUUGUUCAGGUUGAUGAGGACGAUCUCGACAACGAGGAUAGGUCACCAACCUUCCCCAACUGGUGGUAUACGGAAUCCCUCGUACCAACGAUCGCGACAUGCCUCGAUCGACCCGCUACCGAUCCAGCCUCGCCUUGAUCGUCGGGGCUGGGCUGAUCUCGCUGAUACUCUGGUACACGAGCCUGCAGAACGAGUCGCGCGAACAUCUCAAUUCGUCGGUCUGGAGGACACUCUGGCCAUGCGAACAGGGAUCGAUAGGGGAUUCCAAGUGGGACUGUAUCGAUCGCGAUCGUGCAAGCCGACAUACAGUCGAUGUCGAGCUUCAAAAGCAACAGUUGGACGACCUGGUCGCCGAACGAAAGAUCUGGACAAACAACCGCGCCCAGUACCAGAACGCAGACAACCUCGAGUACGCCCGCAAAUGCCUAGAAGAACCUGGCUCAUGUCCAUCCCGACCCUUGAUCGUAUCUCACUAUCUAUACGUCGAACUCCUCAAAGCUGGUGAUCCUCUCGGAGGGGAAAUGGUGUGGAUGGAAAGCGUGAUCGAAAAGCUCGAAGCUAUGGGCUACAGGCUUCUCAUCUUGAGGCAGUACCAUGAAGUCGUACAAGCCGCUCGAAUGGCUGGCAGUCUCAUACAUUCCUAUUGGGGCGAUGAACGAUUCGUGACGGAAUGUGUCGGCGAUCCUCGCUGCAUCGCCGACUAUCAGCCUCCAUACGUGACGACCGAAGACGAGCCCUUGCCAUCGCUCCCCUCCGGCCUGGCCUCGACCGAGGGCGAACAGGAACACUGGGUCAACUUGGACGGGAAGGAGAACUGGGAAAAGGUGCCACUCGAGGAAAGAGGGAGCCUCCCCGUCCAGAGACUCUUUAGCGUGCAAUUUUGGCCAAACGCUCCACUGGAACAACAUCGGGCGGACGACUAUCAAGGUCCGGGUCGGGAGAUGGCGGCUCCCAAUCCAUUGGGCAACCAGUGGACAAUGACUCCGUUCCCGUAUCCAGGUCAUCUCUUCAUGCCAUGGUCGGUGGAACAGGCUUGUCAUCGAACUCCUAACGUGCCUCAAUCGGAGCGGCAGCCGCGUGCAGCCAUCAUCUUUGCCAAGUAUACCUCACUCUUCCAUUGGCACACCGACCCGAAAGCCUGGAGUAGCGAGCCUUUCGUCGAGAGCGGUAUCAAGUUUUACGCUACCGCAAAGACCCACCCUGAUGGCGAACUCCCCGCUGGCAUCCAGAACCUCGGACCGCUGACCACGGACGUCUACUCGGCGACCGUAGCGGGGAUGAGGGCGAUGAUCGGAAUCGGGGCGCCCAAGUUUAGUCCCAGCCCAUACUUUGCCCUGUGCAAGGGCGUGCCGGUCGUACUAUGGAGGAGUGACGAUCGGGAGCCUCGUAACGAGUGGGAAAGGCUUUUACCUGGACUGUCCCAACAUGGUCCAGUGGCCUCGCUGGGCAAGCCCUACGUAUACGAGUACACGGGCAAUAAUGUUACCCAACUGCUUGACGCGGUCGAACAGGCGGUGUCGAAUCCGAUCGAACCCUACAUUCCACCUGUCAUGCGGGACCAAUACGUCGCCGAGCAUAUCGCUGCAUGGGCUGAAACCGAUUUCGAGGACCGUCUCAAUUCGUGGAUCCGGGAACACAUGGGCAGGAAACCCCGUGCCACAUUGAUGUACAGGGAAAAGUUCGGAUUGCUAUAAGAUCGUCGCUCAAUCACGCGAACAUGAGACCCUACCGGCCCACGUGACCGGUUUACGCUGCCGACCUGACGUUUCCCUCUUCCAUUGGAUUGGUAUCAAGCAGCUUUCGAAGGCGAGACGAGGUCGUUGGCCGCAAGGUGGUGACCAGAAUCGUCAUACGCGAACAACAAGGCAAUGUACCCUUACAUCGCUCAAACGCGACGUGUUCAUAGCAUGCCAAUGACCGACGGAAGAUUUCCAGGUAGAGUCGAAU